UCAUGCCUGAACCAGCAAAGUCCGCACCUAAGAAGGGAUCCAAGAAGGCCGUUACUAAAGCUGCCGGAAAGGGAGGCAAGAAGCGCAAGAGGUCCAGGAAGGAGAGCUAUGCUAUCUACGUCUACAAAGUCCUGAAGCAGGUUCAUCCUGACACCGGGAUUUCCUCUAAGGCCAUGGGGAUCAUGAACUCUUUCGUCAAUGAUAUUUUCGAGCGUAUCGCCGGUGAGUCCUCUCGUCUCGCUCACUACAACAAGCGCUCCACCAUCACAUCGAGAGAGAUCCAGACCGCCGUGCGUCUGCUGCUGCCCGGUGAACUCGCCAAACACGCCGUGUCUGAGGGAACAAAGGCCGUCACAAAAUACACCAGCUCCAAAUAAAUCUGUUGAAGCUUUCAACACCACAAAGGCUCUUUUAAGAGCCACCCACUUUAUCGGUUAAA